AUGCUGAGACGUCCAAAACAAAAGAUACACUUGAAAAUCACAGACCACGUCGACGCAAAAGAGCUAAAGGAGUUCCUCGUUACGCAGAUGAAGACCCCAGAGGUCAUGGAAAUAGCCGGCAAGGAUGCCAUGACUCACGAAAAUCUCUGUACGACGAUGGCCCUUCAAUUCCAUAUGGGCAGACUCUUAUCGGAUAUCGGACCUGUUUCUGACUUGGAGCUCCUUGAGAUCACGCAUACUAAUGUGGUAGCCAUCAACGCCCAUCUUGGUCGAGAGCCAGGUCCCGCUGUCGACACCGAGUAUUUCGACUUUGAUGACUAUCGUGCUUGCCUUGCUGUGAGCAAGAGCUGGAAGGCAAAGUUCGGAAUGAAAGGGGCAAUGGCUUAA